AUGGCAAACCACCUAAGACCCUUGUUUAUAACAGCAAACUUUGGAGGUGCAGCCAUCAACCUUCUGCCUCACAGAAUGCUGAGCAAGAUGGGCAGAAUAGAAAGGGAUUUGAUUCCAACCCGCUUGACUGUCAUCAAUUUCGCAGGGGGCAUCACCAAAACUCAUGGGAUCCUAGAUGUGGAUGUCAUAGUUGGAAGCAAAGAGCUGAAGAUUGCAUUCUUUGUGCAAUUAGCUCUGUGGAAUGAAGAAGGUUACAUGGAGAUAGUAGAGGCCGAUCCACGACCAUUUCUGCCUUCUGCCAUGUGUUUUGAGGCAAGGUAUUACCAUGAUGACCUUGGUCCUUUCACUUUCCUUGGAGUCAACCAGAACGGCCGUCCCCAUGGUGUCCCGGCCCAGAGGCUCAUUGAAGAUGGAUCGAGCUGCAACAAUCCGAUCCAUUACAAAAAGAUUGUUGAUAUAUUGGGAGGAAAGGAAGCUCUUCAUGCAGGAUCCUGCCAUGAGAGCACGGAAGACCAGGAGGAAGAAGAGUUACAGGAGGAAGUGUUAGAUUUUGCUCCAGCAGCACUAGAUGACUCUCUGCCAGAAGUGGAAGAUCCUUUACAUGAAAUAAACUUAGGGACAUAA